ACCUGAUUGAAGAAGAGGAAGGCAUCAACGACCAUGACGUCGUCGUUAAGUGUGCCGAGAUACAGAGUGCCAUUUCCGAAGAUUUUAAUGAUAUUGCUGAGUGCGACCGUCUGGUUCGUAGGAUUGCGCAGCCAUUGAAGAGCAUUGUGGUUUACCUUAAAAUCCUUCUUCCUUCGUUCAAAUGAGAUACCAAACAUCUAUAGUGCCAUCAUGAAUUCUGACAACAUUUUCAUCAUUGCUGUUCAACAACAAAGAAGACGAUUUGAGGACUCAGCUACUGAACAUACAAUAUUUCUUGUUUCAUCUAGUGUGUGUGGGUUUUGAGAAAGCAAAACUACUUACCAUACAAUGUCUCGUCAAGUUGUCAAUUGGAAUAUCAGCAUCUUCAGGAAAUAAACAACAGAGCUCAAAAUAAUAUUUUGCAUCAGAAGAGGACAAUAUAUCGUAGCUCACCCUUAAGGAGGCCUAAACACUUGGGUUAGCGCCCUAAGUUGGUGAGGAUGUGCCUCUCCGGACUAUCUAGUGCAUUCUUGCAAGUGUGGUCUGGCUUACCUUCCAAUGCUGCUCCAAGUGCAUUUAUGGAAAUUGAUAAUUUUGAUCGUAUUCCUUUCACAUUUAUAUUCUUAGAGACAAAUGCACUUGGAGCAACAUUGGAAGGUAAGAUAGUUCACAAGUGGAAAUAAUGCACUGGAUAAGUUGGAGAGAUACAUGAUCACAAACAUUGAAGGCAUAUCCAAGUGUUUGGGCUUCCUCAGGGGUGAGCUACGAUAUGUUGUGGUUCUCAAAUGCAAAAUCUUAUCCUUUGCUCUGCUGUUUGUUUCCUAAAUAUGUCGAGCUUCCAAUUGACCACUUGACAAGACUUUGCCUGGCAAGGAGUUUGCUAUGUCGAAACAUACAUACAUUAGACGAAGCAAGAAAACUUGUACCUAAUCCAGAUGGACGGUUCACUCGGCAAUAUCCCUAAGAUCUGGAGAAAUUGAAGGGCUUCCAAAUAAGUUGGCAUAACUGCAACUCUACACCUUUUUGUUUGAAAACAGUGAAUUUUCUGAUCUUGAUGUUCCUGACCGGGUUUUUUUUUGUGGGAUGAAAAAAUUUAUGGUAUUAGUGUUAAAUCAGAUGUGUAGUUCGCAACUCCUAUCAUCUCUUGCAAAAUUGUCACAUACUACAUGUAUCGUUCAGAUAUGCUUCUGUCACAAGUACUAGGUGCUUAUAGGAGUUUUUUUUUUUUUGUUUGAUAAAGAGCAUGAUAUUUGAAAGAGGAUAUUUAUCUUACGCAUGCCAUUUGGCAUCGCUAUUAUAACUAGGGGAGAUAUUUUGUCCCCUGUUUGAAAAGUGUGCCAUGGCUUUGAUCGUGAUGGAUUAGUAUUUAAUGAUUGCUCUAGAGUUGGUGUGUCCCCUGCACAUGUAUUGCUUGUGAUGUGUGGUUCAACUCCAACACAUAGGGCUUGUCGUAGAGUCACUUUUUACUUUUUAAUAUGAUCGACUCUUGUUUUCUUUCUUUAUAAUCUCUGUUAUAUUUUGAUGUCUUUCUUUGUUGAGUGUUAAUGUUAGUUGUUGGUUGAGCAGAUAUAUUUAAUUUACACUCAGGAUUGGUUGUUUUUUUAUGCUUGAGUGAAGUGCACUAGGUUGGUUAAAUACUGUAGUGGUACAAACACGUGAUUGAGGACCCAAUUGAGACUGAUAGAUUUGGCAACAAAAUUUCUUGUUCGUCUGGAAUGUAAACUACAAUUUUGAUUGAAACUAAUUAUGUGGUGGACAAAGAAAUUGUUCCAUAAAAGUUUGCAACCAGGACAUUUUUAUUUGAUAUGUUUUCCAAAAAACUGAUGCCGCAAAACUUGCUCUCUGCCUUGCGGCCAAGGGAGUGUUUGCAGGCCUAAAAGCUCCUCCCAACUCUUUUUUGUUCUUGUGACACUAAUAUGUUUGGCCUGUUAUUAUAAUUUCUUGUUAUGCCCUGUGGGAGUUUGUUCUCAGGCGGGACUUCUAUUCUCAAGGAUAUUAUAUUGCCAUUGUAUUAAAAAAUUGGAGGAGUUCGGUCUCGGGUGCAACAUCCUUCUUAUUUACUGAAUAUCAGUAUGUGGGUGUUUUCAUGAUUGCUUUUGCAAUCCUAAUAUUCCUCUUUUUGGGCUCUGUUGAGAGCUUCAGCACAAAGAGCCGACCCUGCACCUAUAACCUGCAUGAUAUGUGCAAGCCAGCACUUGCUACGGCUGUAUUUAGCACUGUAUCCUUCUUGCUUGGUGCUAUCACCUCUGUAUUGUCUGGUUUCCUUGGGAUGAAAAUUGCGACCUAUGCAAAUGCAAGGACCACUUUAGAAGCAAGAAAAGGUGUUGGGAAAGCUUUUAUCACUGCAUUUAGGUCUGGUGCAGUUAUGGGUUUCCUUCUUGCUGCUAAUGGACUCCUGGUUCUGUAUAUUGCGAUUAAUCUCUUCAAGUUGUAUUAUGGCGAUGAUUGGGAAGGCCUUUUUGAGGCUAUUACUGGUUAUGGGCUUGGUGGUUCUUCCAUG